GAGAAAAGUUCCAAGGUUCUUAUCAUUUAUUUGGUCAUCGUAGUUUCUUUUGCUUUUCUUUUUUUCUUCUUCUCUUCUCCAACUAACAGAUCGAGUCGCGAUCAUGUACACAGUACAAAUCAUAUAAUUAGUUGCAUUAGAUCGUUGAACCAUGUACACAAGGGUACAUUAACGGCUAAUACAUACACCUACAGUAGUCGCAGCAGUCAUAACUUCCAUAUUGGCUCUGCCCUAUCACCUCCAUCAUCCCUAGGCACAUACGACGUAUGCGCCAAACGCUAGCGAAGCCUGCGCAAUCUAAAACGCAUCCCUGCUCUGUCUUGUGCUCCAGAUCUAGUAGGCCAACCCGCAUAACCUACCAAACUACAGCCUGCCCAGGUCGGGUAUCAUUGUACAAAGUACAACACCCCAAGCCAUGCAGCAAGCGAACCCAGAUCCAGGCCAUGUAGCGAACAGUGGGAUGGAGCGGCGGCUAGACCACGAGGGUCCCGCACGGGCUAACGCCAGCAACCAUCCUACUACCGCCGGCACCGCAUCCAGAGAGGCGGUGACGCUUACAGGGGGAGGAGAAGCCUGCCACCACCACCAACCCUCUGGCUCUGGCUCUGGCUCCGUCAAUUCGCAUCCCGCGGCUCCAGCUGCAGCGGUUUCUUCAGCACCUGUCGCUGGGAUUCAGGCUAGUCAUACUGACGGUAGCGCUAACCCUAGCUCUACAGCUGGUGCCCCUAUUACCACUACUGUCGCUGCCGCCGAAUCCUACGAACAACAGCACGUGCACAGCGUCUACGAGACCAUCGCGUCGCACUUCUCAUCUACGCGAUACAAACCUUGGCCCUUCGUCGCUUCUUUUCUAAGUUCCUUGCCCCCCGGAUCCGUUGGCCUGGACGUCGGUUGCGGCAACGGCAAGUACCUCGACGUGAACCCGGACCUAGUCAUCUUCGGCUCGGACCGCAGCGCGAACCUAGCCCGGCUCGCGCGCGAUCUCAAGGUUUUGGGGAAGAGCGAGGGCGACGGUAAGGAGAAGGUAAGCGUCGCUACGGGAGUCGAUGUGGUAGGAGUCGCGGACGGUUUAGACCUCCCCUUCGGCGGCAGCAGACGUGUCGAUUUCGCUAUCUGUAUCGCCGUCAUCCACCACCUGUCGACGCGGGAGCGGCGCAUCGAAGGUGUGCGCGCGCUGCUCGAUUGCAUUACCCCGCGGACCGGCAAGGUGCUGGUGUACGUGUGGGCGCUCGAGCAAGGGAGCAGUCGACGGGGGUGGGACGAAGGGACCGCGGAUCAGGACCAGCUAGUGCCGUGGGUUCUGAAAUCCAACAAGCCCAAGAAAGCGAAGAAGGACGGUGCUAGCAAAAAGGGGGGAGGAGCUGGCGAACGUGUCGACAACGGGGAGCCGGGCCCGGUAGAGGCCACGUAUCAGCGGUAUUACCACCUGUAUAGGAAAGGAGAGCUGGAGGAGGAUGUCGAGGCCGCGGGCGGUGAGAUCCUGGGGAGUGGGUACGAAAAGGACAACUGGUGGGUUAUAGCAAGUCCCAAAGAAGGAAAAGGCACGAGUUCGUCAUCUAUACUAUCUCGAUAGCAAUAUUAAAAUAACAUUACAACGGCG